UCAUAAUAAAAGAAAUAUUUCAAACUGAAACGAAAAUAAUAUUAUGUGAUCAUGGUUAAAUUUAUUUUGUUUGUAGAUGUAUUGAGGCAAGAAGAAAUUGAAACCUUUUAUAAGGUUUGUCAAAUGCAUCGAGAAUUUUACAGAGGUUAUCCUAAAUCAUAUCAUCCUCUGACUUACUUCCGAGAACCAUCGUAUAUGGGGCAGUGUCCUCAAGAGAUGUCCGAGGUCUAUUUGAGCUUCCCUUCAUUCCAUGUAAAAUACAAGGAGCCACCUAUAUUGCCACCAUCUAUAGGGCGUACAAUACCUUUCCCACCAUUGCCUGAUCGUUCAUUAGCACCAAGAUACAAUAAACCUGCAUACAAUGGCAGACAGGAUGAGAUCGAGACAUUCUAUGAAGCAAGUCAACGCCACAGAGAUUACUACAGGGGCUAUCCCAAGGCCUACCAUCCUUUGCUCUACUUUAGGGAGCCCGUUAUUAUUGGACAGUGCCCUCCAGACAUGACACCAGUGUACCUUGACUUCCCUGCGUACAAUGUGAAGUACAAGCAGCCGUUGGUGCUUCCGAGCUCCACUGGCCGUACAAGCGGCUUGCCUGCUCUCCCUGACCGCACACUUGCGGGCCGCUUUAACAAGGCUGCGUGCAAACUCUUUGUAAGGUAAUGGACCUUAUUAAUUGGAUAAAGAACUCAUAUUAUGUACCUACCUGGUAACGUUUCUAGACUACCUACUUGUUUAAUGAAUCCAUCAGUUUAAUCAAA